AUGUAUACUAACAAUCAACCGGCCAAGGAUCCUUUUCAGAACAGGUACAUCCUCGCAGCCGAAAAGGCCAACGAGAAGAGGGCCAAGGAUCCUUUCCAGAACAGAUACAUUCUCGCAGAGGAAAAAUCCAACGAGAAGAGGGCCAAGGAUCCCUUCCAGAACAGGUACAUCCUCGCAGCUGAACAGGCCGACGAGAAGAAGGCCAAGGAUCCCUUCCAGAACAGGUACAUCCUCGCAGAGGAGAAGGCCAACGAGUAG